UGGCACUAUUUAAGUUUCGGACUCGAUAGCAGAGAGAGAAUCCACUUCUCUUCUGAUCUCUCUCCUAUUCAUGGAGAAUUCUCCAAUUAUAUCAUAUUUUAUAUUUCCCAAUACAAUGUUAUUCAGGUUCAAAACAGAAGCAAGAAGUGUUUAAGAUUGAACCAAGAGGCGUGCUACUCUGAAGGUUGGGCUCAUCUUUUAGUACCAUAUACAAGUAUAAGCCAAGUUGCAAACUCGAGUAAUUGUAAGCAAUUUAAGUUGCUCCCUGAUAUGUGGAGAUCUAUUUCAAAUGCCAUCACAAGCUUUGGACAGAAGAAGGAAUCUGGUGAGCCCAGUCAAGCUUGCCAUGAAUUCUCAGAUGACGACGACGAUGCCUGUUCUAAUGCCAGCUCCGAGGAAGGGCUUGAAUGCCCAAUAUGCUGGGAGUCUUUUAACAUUGUAGAGAACAUCCCCUAUGUCUUGUGGUGUGGUCACACGCUUUGCAAGAACUGUCUGUUGGGCCUUAAGCCUGCUUCUAUGAAGGUUUCCACUCAACAGGUCCAUAUUCCAUUAUUCAUUUCCUGCCCAUGGUGCAAUUUGUUGACAUUUCGAUUGGCAUUCAACGGGAAUCUCAAAUUUCCUAGCAAGAAUUUCUUCCUCCUCUGGAUGGUGGAAAGCCGAAAUGGUGACAGGGUGAAGUCUCCAUCUGCCAUAUGUAGGGAUCAUCAACAAGAGUGGUCUGCCCCGUGCACUUCAGUUGUGGGGAACAGCAGCUCUGUCAUGAAUUACAGGAGGGUUCAUCGACCAGGAUCUCUAGUCUCUAAUGCUACUGGUUAUAACCAUACUGGUGGUACCCCUACAUUGCAGAGGGCCCACUUUUCUCUUCAUAAGUCCCUUGAUUUCUUUAUCCGCCUUACAUCCAAGUUUCCAUUAGUUAUUGUGCUGCUUCUACUUGUUAUGUUUGCAAUACCCUCCUGUGCAGCUGUUCUAGCACUCUAUUUAGUGAUCACCAUUCUCUUUGGACUUCCGUCUUUCCUAGUAUUGUACUUUGCCUAUCCUGCUUUAGAGUGGCUGGUCAGAGAGAUCACGGCUUGAGAUGUUCUCUACAAUUUGUUUGAGAAAUUCUCUUUCUAAAGCUUCCUUGACUUGGAUUGUGAAGCUGUAAUGCGCAGUACCUCUGGUUGCAUUCGUAAGCAUGCCUCACCAGUGUGAUCUUAGUUCUCAUAUCAAGGUUGGUGUAAAUUUCUUGUUUAUUGAGGGAUUUAACACUUGAGUUUUUCUAGUCUCAGUGUGGACUAAUAAUAUAUCAGUUCACAGAUCCAUUGACAUUCUCCUUAGCUUAGUGGUUGCUGUUGCUGAACUAGCUUGGAGAAGUCAGCUUGGUGGUGACCUUUAGAUUAGUUUCUCUCAGCGUUAUCAAAGGCGGCGCUUAAAGCACGCUUAAAUCCUGAAUCGAGGCUCAAAACAUGUUGAGCGCUUCGUCUCGCUUAGCGGGUUCUUCAGUAUUGUCAUCAAAGCUCUAAGACAUACUUUUCCUCGCCAAUGAGUGUAAUCUUUAAGAGACGACACUAAACAAUUGAUAUUUUACUUUAUCAUAAAAAAAAUUCAAUUUCUUUGUCCAUA